AUGUUUAAAAAAGGAAAUAACCUUAAUACUUCGACUCAACAACGAGCUUCAUUAGGUCGAUUCGCUGCACUUGUUACUGAUUCUAUAAAAGAUACUGAUCAAGAUGACUUUAUUCCUACAACACAAAAACGAUAUUCAGAAGUUAUUACAACAACAACAACAGCAACAACUACAAAAAGAAAAUUAACAAAUUCAUCGACAAAUGCAAAUACAUUCGAAAAAAAACGAACAAAAAAAUCCAGUCUUUUCUCAGAUGUUGUAUCAGUUUCAUCAAUCAAUUUACAAGCAAAUAAUACUUCUUCACCACCUCCACCAUGGCUUGAUUUACCAACUGAAAUUAUUCAACAUAUAUUUUCAUAUAUUCCAAUUAAACCAUUAAUAACACAAAUUGCUGGUGUAUGUCGAAAAUGGUAUAAUGUGAUUCGAGAUGAAAAAUUUCUUCGUUGGGCUAAAAUUCAUUUACGUUAUGAAUAUGAAGAAAUAAGAACAUUAAGAAUGAUUGAUCAAAUGAUUAAUCCUUCGGAUAAUAUACUACAAAGUAUUCUUCAACAAGUAUCUGCAAUUAUUAAUGAUAAUAUUAUGAAUGAGAAAACAAUUCAAUUUAAAUUUUCAAUGUCAAUACUUAUUCAACUUAAUAAACGAUUGCAAAAACAUUCAAUCUAUCAGUAUGCUAUUGAUCUUUUGUCAAAAAAUAAACUUCAACAACAAUUUCAAUUCUUAAAUUCAAAUGAAAAAAUAUUUAAUCCACUUUGUACAACAACAGCUAUUUGCAUAUUAUCUGAUGAUAUUCAAUGUAUCCGUGAAUUAUUUCAUCUUUGGAUGACAAUGGACCAAUUAAAAUAUGAAACUAUAAUGGAUUUCUUUUAUUUUCUUUUAACUUUAUUUACUGGUGCUACUCGAUUAUGUAAUCUUCAAUUUCGAUAUCCUUAUCGAUUAUAUUAUUGUUUAAAAGAAUUUGAAGAUCAAACAUUAAUUAAAUACAAUCCUAUUGCUCAAUAUAUUCUCAAUAAUGAUUCAUCUUACACAACCUAUUCAACAAUUUUAACAAAAUUAUUAUUAACACCUGAACAAGAAGUUAUUGUAUGUCACAAUUUAGAGAAUCGAGAAACUAUGAAAAUUAAUGCAUAUGCUGGUACAGGUAAAACAACAACAUUAAUUGCUUAUGCGGCAAAACGAAUGGAUGAAUCAUUUCUUUAUAUAGCUUAUAAUAAAGCUAUUCAAACAUAUGCAGAAAAAGUUUUUCCACCAAAUGUUAAAUGUCAAACAGUUCAUUCACUUGCUUAUGCUAAGAUUGGUCGUCAAUAUGAUGGUUGUCUUGGUAAUUUACGUUUAAAAAGUAUUGUGGAUAUUGUUAAUGAUCGACCACUUAUUGGUGAAAAAGGUCGAUCUAUUAAUUCUUUAUAUAUUCGUGCUCGUUUUGUUUAUAAUACAUUAAAUAAUUUUAUUGCUUCAGCUGAUUUUGAAAUAACAGAUGAACAUGUUGAUAAUUCUUCAUCGAAUCAAUUAAGUAAUGAACUCGCUUUAACAUUACAAGAAAAACAGAAUUUAGCAGCUGAUGCCAGACAUGUUUGGUCAAUUAUGAAAAAUAUUCGAGAUAAACGUGUAUUAAUGACACAUGACGGUUAUCUUAAAUUAUAUCAAUUAUCGAAACCUCAAAUACAAUUAUAUGAUUGUUUAUUCGUUGAUGAAGCUCAAGAUCUUACACCAGCUGUUACUGAUAUUGUUAAUAGUCAACGUGUUUCAAAAAUACUUGUUGGUGAUAAACAUCAACAAAUAUACGCAUUUCGUGGUGCAGUUGAUGCAAUGAUGAAAAUUCAAUCGACAGUUACUUAUUAUUUAACUAAAUCAUUUCGUUUUGGAUAUGAUAUAGCAUUCAUAUCAAAUCUUAUUCUUCAAAAACUAUGCAAUGAAAAAAAAUAUCUUGUAGGAAAUAAUAAAUCAAGUUGUCUUGAUGGUCGAUCAGCAUCGAUCGAAAAUAUUGUAAAUGAACAAAAAGCUUAUCUUUUUCGAACAAAUUAUAGUUUAUUUAAUUGUGCUGUACAACUUAUUAUUGAAAAAGGAUUGAAAAAUGUUGGUUUCGUUGGUGGUAAAGAAGCAAUGGGAUUUGAUCGAAUUCUUGAUAUCUUCUAUCUUUGGCUUGAUCCUGAAGAACGUCGAAAAAAAAAUUAUCAAAUACGAGAUCCUCAAAUACAAUCAUUUCAAUCAUUUAAAACUUUUGAAAAAUUUUCAUUAGAAGUAGCUGAUACAGAAUUAAUAGGAAAAAUAAAACUUGUUCAAUCACAUGGUCAUUCAUUAAUUGAUAAAAUCAAACAAUUACAAGAAAAAUCUUGUUCAGAUAUAAAUCAAGCUAAAAUUGUUCUUUCAACAGCACAUAAAGCUAAAGGUUUAGAAUUUCCGAUUGUUAUAUUAGCUGAUGAUUUUCUUCCACGUUCAAGUGAUGUUACACUUGAUAAAAUAUCUCUUGAUGUACAACGAGAAAAUUUAAAUAUACUUUAUGUUGCAACAACACGUGCAACUAAAGAACUUAUUCUUAAUAUGGAUUUAUUUUAUUUAUUAUAUAAAAUGUGUCGAGAACCUGCUUAUACUCUUUCAUUUUCAUCUCAAACUGAACAAUGUGCUAGUUGUGCAAUUGAAUCAGAUUCACCAGAAAUAAAAAAUGAAAUUCUUUUCAAAAUUAAACAAAUUCAAUUAUCAUCUAAUACAGUAACAGCCGGUGAAUAUUCUCCAUUACCAAACUGUGUGAAACAUUUAUCUCAAUCAUUUGUAUCAAUUACACAACUUUAUCAAAAUGUCUAA